GCCUCAUGGUUGCUGGCCGACACCGUCCCGCAACGGGAGGUGUAGCAUCGAUGUCGGCAGAGGAGCUGCUGCAAAGCGUGUGGAUGGGUGCACAGCAGCUGCGGUGGGAUGAGAACUGGGAGUCAGUGGCACAGGCGCUCGCUUCAAAGCUCGGGCAGCUUUCGCUGGAAGACCUGGCUACGGCACUGUGGUCCUUCGGCACUUUGGCGAAGGCUCCUACCAGCUUUUUGGAGGAAGCUGCAAAGGAGGCUGUCCGGAGGCUCGAGCUGGGUGAGGCAGCCACGCCGAGAACUCUGGCAGAUCUGGCAUGGGGCCGGCAGCCCCGGUCGACGUCAGCUGAUGACCAAACCUCUGAGAUCCAGGGCGAUCGAACACGGUGA